AUGAGCAAAUGGAUGCGGCGAUACGGCCGCAACGGCCGCUCUUACUGGCUGCCGCGUCCCAAGCGGAGGUGGGGAACCAAGGCUUUUGCAGGCGUCAAAGGCGUUGCAAGUGGCACUAGACAGUCGGUGGCCUAUUCUCGCUGGAAAAACUCCACUGGAGGGCUGGAGAGUCAUAACCCCGAUCCGAGCGAUUCAUGGCUUCCCUACGAUCUCGCUACAGACUCGUGUUGGCAUCUUCUUUUCCUCAACCCAUCAACACCGACGUCACGCAUCGUCCGUCGAAAAGGCCAGCUUCAUAGACGGCGCGCCAUCGCAUCGCAUCUCACACCGAAGCGAUAUUGCUUGGAUUGUCCGGUUUUGCACAGUAUCUCACACGACUUUUCUGUCUCGACAGCACACCGUCCCGCAGCGUCGACAUUUGAUCACGACGACCGCAAGACUGCGAGACGCAAGUCAAUCGGCGACGACGACCUCGCCUUUCGCCUCUUGACGAGAACUGCCAUGUCGACUUACAACGGUCGACACGGUCCCAACGUGUCGCAGUACCUCCGCGACCUCAACACCAUUAGCCCCACGGAUACCACCGCCGUCGAAGAGCCGUUCAACAUGGAGGAAGACUUGGCUCUCUUCACGAACACGCAGUUCUUCGAUUUCGACUCUGGCCAGAACACCGACUUUCAGGCUCAAGCUCAACCUGUCAAGACUGAGGGCAAGGCACCCCACAGUGGCACCACAUCUGAGGAUGUCAGCGCAGCACCCUCUGUGAUCGGUGAAAUGCCCAACUUGGAUUUCAUGUCCGAGUUUACCUUUGACUAUAACAAUAACACAUAUGCGGCGCCCCACAUGAACAACUUCCCGGAACAGAGCUUCCAGCCCCUGCAGCCAAACCACGGCCACGUACCGGUUCCUCCUCACCAUGCGCGGUUCCAUCAGGCGCCCCCUCAGGUUGGUGACAAGCGCAAGUCCGAGUCUUUGAACCAAGAGGAGGCCGCUAGAAUGGCUGCCGAGGAGGACAAGCGGAGACGGAACACGGCUGCCAGCGCGCGCUUCCGCAUCAAGAAGAAGCAACGCGAACAGGCCCUCGAAAAGUCUGCCAAGGAGAUGUCCGAUAAGGUCUCCAACCUGGAGAGCAAGGUGUCUCAGCUCGAGACCGAGAACAAGUGGCUCAAGAACCUCCUUGUCGAGAAGAACGAGGGCAGUGAAGACAUUGUCGCCUUGUGGAAGGAGUUCACCAAGCACGCCAGUCAGAAGGCCAAGACGACGCCUGCCGAAUCAAGUAGCGGCAAAGAGCUCAAAGAAGAGCGAUGA